GGAAAGUAUACACGUAAGAGUUGUCGUUAACAAUAUUCACUUUUAAAAAUAAUGUUUUAUAGUGAUACCUAAACCUGUUCAUUUUAUAGAAAAUUAUAUUUAAGGCAUAUCCAUGCAUUUUCGGAUUUCCAAACAACAGAGAAAAAGCAUAGCUAGCUAGCGGCAAGGAGCUGGUUACAUAUCCGACGACGUUUCUCUUGAAUCUCAGUUUGAUUGAAAUUGAAAUUUUUGUUCAAUGAAAUCAACUGACGUGAAGACACAUCUAUCCUACUACGAGCCGAAGAGUUUCCUGUCCACCGAAUUACAGUAGCUAUGACAAAGAGCUACUCUUCUACUGUGUUUUUCUCUUCAUCGUCUUAGUGGAAGUACUUUUUUUUGAAAUUUAUUUUUAACACAUCAAAUAUAUAUGAGUUACAGGGCUGUAGGGUAGAUGCUCAAGCUGUUUCCACUUGAAUUCAGCCAGUAAUUUUUGUUCAAACCUGGAGAUGUAUGGAAGCACGUGAAGCAGAAUCAUUCCAUCCGUGAGCCCAGGCCGUUUGAUUUUGAUAGACUUUGCAUUUGAUAGACUGCGCAUGCACACUACUCUCAAUUAAUGAUAUGCCAAGCCCUUCCCACAAUUGGAGAGAAUGAAAUUUGUGAAACAUUCAGUAGAUCACCUGCAGUAUAUGUUGAGAAUCUGGAGAAAAAGUUUGGUAGCCAAAAUCUCUAUGCUCUAUUUAGCGAUUAUGGAAUAAUUACAGAAUGUGCUAUUUAUACCAAUAAGCGUGAUGAUUGUCCAGGCUAUGGUAUCGUACAUUUUAAAGAAGUAGACGAUGCUAAAAGAUGUGUCGAAGCUUUAAAUGGUAAGUUCGUAAGAAACCAACGUAUAUUCGUGAAACUAUUUAUCCCAGAAGAAAAUCACAAGACUGGAAAUGCAAAUGAAAGAUUUUUCACUAAAUUACACAUCGAUAAUUUGCCUAUAAGUACUGAUGAAGAGAAAUUAUACGAGAUGUUUCAACUUUUUGGAGAGGUUGUUAGAUGCAAAAUAGUUAGAGAUAACUAUGGAGUUUCAAGAGGUUUUGGUUGUGUGGAAUACCAAUAUCCAGAAGUAGCAUUGGCAGCUAUAGAGGGGAUGAAUGGGAUGUUAAUGGAAAACAAUCAACGUUUGUACGUAACACGAUUCAAAAGUUUUGUAGAGAGGGAAGAGGAAAAGUUAGAAAGAAUUCAUAAACAUAAACGCACCAUAUGCAUAAGGAAUUUGGAUGUUGAUAUCACAAAAAUCGAAAUGGAAAGCGCAUUCGCACAGUUUGGAGAAAUAGUUGAAAGUAGAAUUAAAUUCUAUCGUUAUAGCAGAGUAGCGUUUGGUUUGGUUACCUACAUAACACCAGAUAACGCUCUCAAGGCUGUAAGCAUGAUGAACGGUAAAAUUAUUAAAAGUAACAAAUUGAUUGUUACUUCUUCUAAAUUGAUGGAAGACGGAUGUGAAUUCACUGAAGAUGAGCCUCUUGUUGGUACCAGUUGUGGUGUAAAUUCAGAUAAUCACAAUUCUUCUAUGAUGCAGAAUCGAAAUCCACGUCUAUCAGAUGAUUGUUCAAGACGAGGAACGUCUCGACGAGUUUCUCAGUCAUCUAGAACACGCCAAACCAUUUGGCCAUCUCUUACUGCCAAAUAUGAAAAAACACAAAAAUAAGUGAAUUCAAUUUAAUUUUAUCUAUCAUUAAAUUCAAUCUAGCAUUGUUCAACUAUACUAAUUAUCACUUAUAAUUCAAACAAAUUAUUCUUGAACCAGAAAUUCAUGUUAUAGGUCAGACUUUUCAAUCCUAAUUAUACAUUGAGAAUUGAAAUUCUACUCAAUUGUAUCCAAAAAGAUUUAAUAAAAUUUGACUUUCAUCAA